CGCAAAUUUCUUUCUACCUGUUUCCUCAAAGCUAAACAACAUUUUCUAACCUUAAUUCUUCAAUUAAUUGAGCACAAACUUUUCACUAUGUCUGGGACUGCCCUGUUCAGGGUUAAGUGGGGGCACAAGUCAAAGGAAGUCCCUGAGAAGCAGACAGUUGUGGUUCAACCAAGCCAAGAGGAAGAUGAGGAUGACUUAAGCACUGGUUUUAGUAGAGAUCCUAUCCGCAGGAACUCUCGCUUUUACCGGUCAAUGAGGAAAAAGAGGACGAGGUCAUCUGAGCAGUUUGAAAAUUUCACCAAGCCUACUUUGGACCACAGUCCAUCCAGCAGUGCAGGAUCCUCCUCCUCUCAUUCUCCCUUACUCCACAAAUCACCUUUGUUGCCAGGGGCUAGACGUCCUCAUCAGCCCCAUCAUUCCAGAGAUGCGUUGCCAAGCAAUGGCGAGGCCAGCAGCACACAUGCUCUGUACAACCAGAGUGCUGUGGAUAGGAGAAGAGGAGGAGUGGGAGGAGAGAGGACUGUGGAAAUAUCGGCUGCUUCGUACACCCAGCACAGAGAUUUCCGAGCUGACAUGAGCGCUUAUCAGACUCACAGAACAAACAGUGAAGCCAUAGAAAAGCUUUCGGAGCAAACAGCCGUAGCUUGCACUGUGAAGGAGACCGGAGGGAAAACCAUGACCUCACUACGGCUUAAUUCUCAAGGAGAAGACCAGGAUAACAUCAACCACAGGGUGCUGAGAAAUGGAGAACGCUCACAGACACUCAGCCACAGUCUCAAAAUCGUCAAAAAUAUUGCCUUCCUGUACCAGGAAUACCGGGACACCUCCAAGCAGCAGGAGAUUGAGCAGCGGCGUCAGCGUGACAACCUUUUUCCUGGGGUCAAUGCAGGGACUAUGGUGGCAGACUCUGGUGUAAUGUCUCCACCAGUGUUACAGCUGCAACUGAGGAAUAGUUCUCAGUCACUGACCUUGUGGCAGAACCUGGAAGCUGUGCAGGAAAGCGGUCUGCUUACUCAGUUACCACAGAAAGAAAUUAUAAUGCAAGAGGCCAUGUUUGAGCUGGUUACUUCAGAAGCAUCCUACUACAAGAGUUUGGAAAUUUUAGAGACGCAUUUCCUACGUAAUCCUAUUUUAGUCAACACUCUGAGCCAGUCUGACAUGCAUUUUCUGUUCUCCAACAUCGAGGAAGUGAUGAAAGCCAGUGAAAGGUUCCUGAUGGAUCUCGAACACCGAAUUGAGAAGUCAAUUUUGAUUUCUGAUGUGUGUGACAUUGUUUAUAACCACGCAGUAGGACACUUCGGUGUGUUCAUCACAUACGUCAUAAACCAGGUGUACCAGGAGAAGAACUAUAGACGCAUUUUAGAGGGAAACCAGCAGUUCCGGGAAACUAUGGCUACACUGGAGAAACAUUCAUGUGUCAAGGGCCUGACCUUCACAUCGUUCCUCAUCCUUCCUUUCCAAAGGAUCACAAGGCUAAAGCUGCUCGUUCAGAACAUUCUGAAAAAAGCCGAGGAACACACAGAGCGGGAAAAAAAUGCCAUAAAAGCACAUCAGCAACUGGAGAAGAUUGUAAAAGAGUGCAAUGAAGGGGUGCGAAAAAUGAGUCGUACCGAGGAGCUUAUCAGCAUUGAAAAAACACUAGAGUUUAAAUCCAAGUCUGUGCCCAUCAUUUCCCACUCACGCUGGUUGCUAAAGAAGGGUGAAGUACAGCUAAUGGUUGGACCUAAGAGUACUAGGACCAUGAGAAGCCGUAAGCUCCACCAACCUGUCUACCUGUUCCUUUUCAACAAUCUGUUGCUGGUCACCAAACGUAGUGGGGACAAAUUCCAGGUACUUGACUCAUGUACACGGGCCAUGUUGAGAACUGAAGAUCUUGAAGACCAGGGUCAGCAGCUGGCCAAUGUUUUUAAUCUUAAGCUGCUUGAGAACCAGGAUGAGCGUCAGGUGAACUACAUGCUCAAGACCUCCAGUAUGAGUGAUAAGCUUCGAUGGAUCUGUGCACUCACUCCUAACCGGCGCACACGCUUUACUUCUACAAGUGCUCACCAAACAGAUUCUCCACAGGUGCAGUGUAUUCAGUCGUACUCAGCUCAGGAACCAGAUGAACUCUCCACUGAGAUGGCUGAUAUUUUAAACCUUCUAGAAACAACAGAUGAUGGCUGGAUGAUGGGUGAACGGCUCCAUGAUGGUGAAAGGGGAUGGUUCCCUAGUCGAGUAGUAGAGGAGAUCCAGAGCAAGGAGGUCCGAGCUCAGAACCUGAGAGAAGCCUUUAGGAUCCAACAGGCCCAUGAAAGUGGCCUUCACACUGGAACCAGGAUUGGUGUGAGGGCAGGAAGACAUGCCCCAAAAGGCUCCAGUGUCUCCAAAUCUUGAAUGGAGGGCAGCAAUGAAUUAAAGUGGUUAAUCAGUAACAGUGAUGUAACUUUAUUCUCAGACAAUUACAUCUUAUGCCUUUGAUCUUCACAACAAUGAAUGGUUUUAGAAAUCCUCAACUGUUGUGUGAGAAGGAGAAAAUAGAGCACUUGAGUCAACAACCCUCGGCAAGCCAGUGGCAUUCCAUCAGGGCAAGCAAGGUGGCCAUGCUUGUCCAGUGAAAUCUAAAAAUUGACCAAUUAAAACCUACCAAAGUGAAAGCAAUCUCUCUCCUUACAUCUCAAACAGUGUUCUGUUAGAAACCAAGGAAAGCCUUGAUGAUGGACAAAGAACAUCAAAACCUUCCAUGUCUGGUUUAAUUAAAUCAGCAAGUUGAACAGGUAUGUUCAUCAGUAUGUUCAGCUUAGUUGCUGCUUGCCUUUCUGUAAAAGUCACUGCACACAAUUGGUGCAAGCAGUGCACAGGUAUUGUAAAUGUCUAUUGAUUGUGAUUUGCAGGGUCACACAUUUGUGUGCAAUGCAUGAAUUAUUAAGUUAAAUGUUGUCAAACCCCUAAGCUUGUCAAAAGAACUUUGAUAACCUGUAAUUAUGACAGUGCCACUGAUGUGUAAGUCUAGAGCACUUUGCUGCACUCCAUUUCUCUACAGACUUUCAUCAUCUGCUUGGAAUGCUCCAAAACUGUACCAUAAUUGUGAUAAACAUUUUCUGCACUUUAAAAGAGAUUAAAAAAAAGUUCUUUUACCAAUAAACAAAUAAUAUAUAAGUAAUUUGAAUAACAUGCAUGGCUAUUGUAUAAAAAGGGCCCAGUGUUUUUCUACUCACUGUAACCUCAAGUUGCAACUCCUGUUUUCUGUCAAAGAGCUAUUCUGUGUGAAAUAACACACAAAACACAAACACUCAAGGAAUGUAAAGUCUUAAAGUAAUUACUUAUAAAUAAACUUUAUAGAAUGCAACUCUAUGAACAACUAUAUAUUAGCAUGAUUUUAAAAUUCUGUUGUCACAUAAUGUGUGUAGAGUAACAAAACAUUUCUCAUCUUUGGAUGUUAAAAAACAUUUUAAAUAUUCAGUGUUUAAA